ACAAGCGACGCCCGACCUCCGACGACAUCGCCGCUCGUCCAUCUCCGCUGAUUGCGCUCCCGCCACCAGCCUCACGACCUAGUCACCGCAGUCGUCUCUAUCCAUCUCCAAGCAUCCCUCUGUCAACGCAUCCCACCUUUGAGAAUAGCAUAUCCCCAACCCCUACACGAUGAGGUUCUCCGCCACCGUCGCCUGCCUGACGGCCUGCCUGGCUUCGGCGGAGGCGCUGAGCGUCUUCAACGGCAAGGCCCCCAACGCCCUCGCCAGCGACGACGGUACCAAGGUCCCCGGCGAGUCCCCGCUCGAGUUUUGCACUGGCGAGCACGGCAACGAUAUUGUCAAGAUUGAGAAAGUUGAUCUUAGCCCUAAUCCCCCGGCUGCUGGCAAGGAACUGGUCAUUGAGGCCAGCGGCAUCGUCAACGAGACCAUCGAGAAGGGCGCGUACGUGCUUUUGACCGUCAAGUAUGGUCUCAUCAGGCUUGUCAACACCAAGGCGGACCUUUGCGAGCAGAUUGGCAACGUCGACCUCAAGUGCCCUCUUGAGAAGGGCAAGAUGGUGAUCCGCAAGACCGUGGACCUGCCCAAGGAGAUACCCCCUGGCACAUACUCCGUCCUCGCAGAUGUCUACACCGCCAACGAUAAGAAGAUCACCUGCUUAACCGCCACCGUCACGUUCAAAGUGGGCAACGGCUUCUUCAGCAACGAACUCUGAUUCCACGAUUCAUGUUGACCAUCCCCUCAUGCGCAUACGUAUAGCGACAGAUAUUCUUCAGUUUGGUUGCUCUGGGACGAGACAUGGCUUUCCCUUCGCAUUGUCGGCUUGGCGCGUUGCUGUGCGUUUUGCAUUUCCUAUGAUCACCCUUCGUCUUGAAACUUAGGCUGCGUGAACGGGGAGUAUAGCUACGUUUACUAGAGGGAUCAUGCGCUUAGCAUACAUUGCCGCGUUGAAUGCAAAUUGAAGUUAGGAAGGA